AUGUCAGGCAAGGAUGAAGUAUUCUCGGUGUUUCCUAGCCAAACUUACCAUGUCCAGACCACUAAAUCUUGGGACUACAUCGGAUUACGCAGUACCGUAAAACGGAAUCCCACUGUGGAGGGCAACAUUAUUAUCGGGGUUAUUGACUCUGGCGCCUAUCCUGAUUCUGAAUCCUUCAGUGACAAAGGCUUCAGCCCCGUUCCUAGAAAAUGGAAGGGCUCCUGCAAUGGUGGCAGUAACUUCACUUGCAAUAACAAGCUCAUUGGAGCAAGGUAUUAUGUAGACUUAACCGCGGUCGACGAUUCAGGCCAUGGUACCCACACUGCCUCAACGGCUGCUGGCAGUCCGGUGGAAGGGGCCAGCUUCUUUGGACUAGCUAAUGGAACAGCACGGGGAGCCGUCCCAUCCUCCAGGAUCGCUGUCUACAAGGUAUGCGAUUCAACGGGUGGCUGUGACGGAUAUGGCAUUUUAGCGGCAUUCGAUGAUGCGAUCGCAGAUGGCGUGGACAUCAUCACAGUCUCUCUGGGUGGGGAUACUCCUUCUCCUAUUGACCAAGACCCCAUCUCGAUAGGAUCCUUCCAUGCAAUGAAAAAGGGUAUCCUGGUGACUCAUUCUGCGGGAAAUAGUGGGCCUAUGCCGCAAACAGUGACUAGCGUUGCCCCUUGGGUCCUCACUGUGGCAGCUAACUCGAUAGAUCGGAAGUUCAUCACCAAGCUUGUCCUCGGGGAUGGAACGGUUUUAACUGGCAUUGCAGUGAAUUCAUUCCCAUCCAGUCCGACCAAUUCUGCUCUUGUGUUUGGGGAGCAGGUUUCAAGCUCUUGCGAUGAAGCCUCAGCUAGAACCUGCACGGAAGGCUGUUUAGAUAGGCAGAAAGUUACUGGCAAAAUCGUGAUCUGCGAAGGCUCCAAAGGAGCUCCCGAAGCUGCAACUUACAAUGCUAGCGGGAUCAUCUUGAUGACCAUGAGACCCGAUGUCGCUUCGCCUUUCCCACUUCCCGCUGUGGCUCUUGACGACUCCUCGUUUGAGAAACUCGUGUCGUAUCACAGUUCCACAAGAAAUCCUCAAGGACGGAUAUUGAAGGGCGAAACUGUUCCAGAUCCUGCUUCCCCUGUGACCGCUUCCUUCUCUUCACGUGGACCGAGCGUGAUGACUCCUGAUAUAAUGAAGCCAGAUGUAAGUGCCCCUGGCAUAGAUAUUUUGGCUGCAUAUCCUCCAGACGUGCCACCGACGAAAGGAGGUGGGGAUGACAGGAGUGUGAGAUUCAACGUUCUUUCUGGGACCUCAAUGUCGUGUCCCCAUGUGGCCGGUGCAGCAGCAUAUGUGAAAACAUUUCAUCCUGACUGGUCUUCCUCUGCUGUUAAGUCAGCUCUGAUGACAACAGCUUCAAAGAUACGUGAUACUACUACAAAAGGAGGUCCUUCGGGAUUUGAAUUUUCUUACGGUUCAGGACAAAUCAAUCCCUUGAAGGCUGCAAAUCCGGGCCUAGUUUAUGAAAUCACCAAGGAUGACUAUGUGAACUUACUGUGUAGCUUGGGCUUCGAUGUAAGAAGCAUAGAUAGCAACAGCACUUGCCCAAAGGGAGCCAAGAACAUCACAGAGGCAGAACUCAACUACCCUUCUCUAAUUUUUAAAGCGCCUGUCUCGAAGCCCUUCAAGUUGGCCCUCAACAGGACCGUCACAAAUGUCGGGCCUCCAACCUCGACCUAUAAGGCCAAAGCUGUUAGCGCCUCUAACGUCAACAUCACUGUGGUUCCUGAGGUCAUUUCCUUUAAGUCCAUCUCCGAGAAGAAGUCUUUCAUGGUCAUUAUUUCGGGGAGUGGGUUGAAAUCCGGGACACAGUUGUCUGAAGAGGUUCUUUGGUCUGACGGCGUGCACAGUGUGAGGAGUCCAAUUAUUGUGUAUAAUUAACAAAAGACUCAGAACAAUUGAGCUUCUUAAUAAAUUUCUUUGUAUUCUGAAACCUCA